AUGCUGGGUGCCAACGAACUUUACCCUUACUCAGUCUCCGUCAAGCGUGAAUCUGUGGUAAACUCUGGUGCUCUCACCACCCUCCCCGUGCGGAUCCACCGUCAUAACCAUCUCGCCGACGCCGGGAGCUUUUGUCUGGCAAACUACUGGCGACGGAUUAUGAAAGAUGGCCAAGAGCUCAAGUCCAAUGGAGCUCCAAGCAUCGUUGGUAACUGGGCAAGCUUCAUCUGGCCCGAAAGCGAUCCGAAAAGACUGGGACUUCUUACGUUCUUACUCGAUGCUGGCUGCUUCCACGACGAUGCUUGCGAGGAAAUGCCCAUUGCAACGGCACAUGAAGAACAUCUGGACAUGGCCGACGCAAUGAACAUCGAGGAUGAGAGAGUCCUGAGCAGCAGUUCACGUUUGAUGAAAAUGAAACAACUGAUCUGUAGAGCCAUUUUGGAGUGUAUGGAGAUAGACAGAGAAGGUGCCCUGCGAAUGGUCGAGGCGUAUAGGAAAAAAUGGUUGGGCAUCAUGGAAACAUACAACACGGACGAGAUACAUCAAGCUGAUGAGUACCUCCUAGCACGUGCGAACAAUGGAGGAAUGGGGGCCUAUUAUGCCAUGUUGGAAUUUUCCCUCGGGAUCAUCAUCACGGAUGAAGAGUACGCCCUGAUGGCAGAACAAAUACGGCAUGUGGAGCGCUGCAUGCUUUUGACAAAUGACUAUUGGAGCUGGCGCCGGGAGCGCGAGCAGGCGCGGCACCAAGAUGCCGGAAAGGUGUUUAACAUGGUCUGGUUUUUGAUGAGGAAUGAGCAGCGCGACGAGGAUGAUGCCAUUUCCAAGGUCCGGGACAUGAUUCAUGAGGAGGAAAGAGCAUGGGUGGACAGCAAAGCACGCCUUUACAGCCAGUGGCCGGAUCUUCGACCGGAGGUGAUCAAGUUCUUGGAGAAUUUGCAUACGGCACUGGCAGGAAAUGAUUAUUGGGCCAGCCAGUGCUACCGCCACAACGACUGGCGACACGUCCCAGAGAUUCCUGCCACAGGUGUCCCCGAAGUUUACGAGCUGGCAGCUUUGGGGAAAUCCUUGUCGACAGAUUUUGGCUCGUUCAACAGCGACGAGAAUGAUGGUUCCGAGUUUGGCCAGAGCUCCAAACCGACUACUGCAUCACUUCAAUCUGGCACCGGAAACACGAGCGUAACUCCCAGAUCGGAUUGUUUUACACCUCACCUUACUCCACCUGAUCAACACGCGGACCAGCAAGUACCAGUCACGGAACCGGCAAAGUACAUUGGUCGACUGCCUUCCAAGAACUUGCGCGUGCAGCUGAUAGACAGCUUCAAUCUCUGGCUUGUUGUCCCUCAACCCUGUCUUCUGGUCAUCAAAAAGGUCAUAGACUGCCUUCACCAUUCAUCGCUCAUCCUGGACGAUAUCCAGGACGGUUCCGACAUUAGACGAGGGUCUCCAGCCGUGCACGUUGUGUACGGCAUCGGGCAAGCAAUCAACAGCGCCACCCACCUUUACGUGCAGGCAGUCGAAAGUUUGCACUAUUUAGCCGAGUGUGAGGGCCGGCAUGUGAUGAUGGAAGUGUUUAUACGGCAGCUGAAUCGACUGUUCAUCGGCCAGGGGUGGGACCUAUACUGGUCCCACAACCGGUACUGCCCCACGGAGCAGCAGUACCUCGAGAUGGUGGACCAAAAGACGGGUGCCAUGCUACAGAUGCUGCUGGAGUUGAUGCAGGCGGCAGCGCCACAGCAGCAAGGUCGGACGGGAGAGGAGCUUGCCACCGGCGCUCGCCUUUUGUCCGAGUUCACACAACUCUUUGGCCGUUUUUUCCAAGUCCGUGAUGAUUACAUGAACCUGGCGUCUGAAGAGUAUGGACGGCAAAAGGGCUCCCUGAGUGACUUUGACGAGGCUAAAUUUUCUUACAUGCUGGUGCACAUGUACCAGAGGUUCCCCGAGGCACGAGACAAAGCAGAAGGAAUCUUCAAAAGUAUCAGCCGUGGGAAUUUUUCGUCAGAAGGGAAUGUCCGUGUGGGCAAAAAGCUUGUCUUGUCUCUCCUGGGUGAGACGGGCGUCAUCGCGGCCACCCUCAUGAUGUUACGGGAAUGGCAUGGAGAGUUGUUGGAAAAGUUAGGGAUAACUACGAUGGAUAACAACAAGACUGACAACAACAAUUCCGAUGAAUCCAACGAGGCCACCAAACCCACCGCGGACCAGGCUUCACAGCAAAUAUCGAAUGCACUUACAACCACCAACGUCGAGGUAAACGACGAUGUGUGGUCAAUCUGGUCCGCCAGGGGCAAAAAUGCUAUUGUGUUUGCGGGGUCCUUCGCAUCCAUGUUUUCGCCUCUUUCCAGCAACAUCUACCUCCCAGCCCUGGGGCCGAUUGCGCACGACCUUGACGUCUCGGACGCGCUGGUCAACAUAUCCAUCUCGACAUACAUCAUACUGGAAGGAAUCGCCCCAACCUUUACGGCUCAGCUGUCAGAUACGGGGGGCAGGCGGCCGGUCUACUUGGUUUGCAUGGUCUUCUUCGUGGCAGCCAACGUGGGCCUCGCCAUACAAAGCGACUAUGCGGCACUUUUGGGUCUGCGCUGUCUGCAAAGCGCCGGCAGCUCGGGCGUUCGAGCCUUGUCCAAUGCCGUCGUCGCUGACAUUUCAACCCCUGCCGAGCGAGGCAGUUACGUUUCCUUUCAAGCAGCCGCGCCCAUGUUCGCCACGGCUUUUGGGCCCGUGAUGGGCGGACUGAUGGCUCGCUUUUCCGGCUGGCACUCCAUCUUCUGGCUCCUAGCCGCCCUGGGCGCCGCUGUGCUCGUGCCCAUGGCCGCUUUUUUCCCAGAGACUUGUCGCAAAGUCGUCGGCAACGGCUCCGUCCCGCCACCAAAGUGGAACAAAUGCUGCACCAACAUCUGGUAUGAGCGCCGUGGCAAGCAUCAAUCGCAUCCCGAGCCUCUCAAGCUCGACGUGCGGUUUCCUAAUCCCAUGGGCCCUGUCAAACUUCUUGUGCGGCGAGAGAGUGGCUGGGCUCUGCUGUACAGCUCCAUACUAGCCUGCUCCUUCUACUCAAUCCUGGCCCUCAUCCCGUCCCAGUUCGGUCAAAUUUACAACUUCGAUGCGCUCCAAAUCUCCUGCUGCUAUGUCCCGUUUGGGGUGGGGGCGCUCGUGGCCGCGUUCAGCCGUGGACGCAUGAUUGACGCCAACUUUGAGCGUCAUGCCGCACGCCUAGGUAUCGUGGUGGAAAAGAAUCGCGAGACGGACCUGACCGGGUUCCCGAUCGAGCGUGCCCGGCUAGAGGUCGCCGUACCCACCAUUGUUCUCACCACUGCGUGCAUUGUUGCCUUUGGUUGGAUGCUGCAAGGUCAAGUUCACGUAGCCGGCCCACUGGUCUUGCUUUUCUUUGUAGGGUUCUGCGCUGCAGCCAGCCUCAACUGCAUUGCCGCACUGCUGCUCGACGUAAACCCCACGAGGGCCGGCACCGUGACGGCGUCCAACAACUUGCUGAGGUGUACACUCGGGGCUGGUGUAACGGCCGCAACGGUGCCUAUGAUAAAUGCGGUGGGUAUCGGGUGGACGCUUACCAUCUUUGGCGGUUUGAAUGCUGUGUUCAUGCCGCUUCUGUGGUAUAUCAUGAGGGAAGGUCCAAAGUGGCGAGCAGAAGAGAAAUACGGAUAA